CGCUAAUGCGUCACUGAGGCGGACCACUGAGCGCCUGUCCGACCUCCUGCAGCACAACACGGACACCGCAGGUUCACAGGUAUCCAUUUAAUUAAACAUGACCAGGAAUCGCUGGGCACAGCCGACUUCUCUACAGACAGGCACAGCUUCUCUGGCUAACAGACUCUAGGAUCAGAAAUAAGAUGGUAUCAGAAGAGGUUUACAGAAUUUUUUAUUCUUUUUUUCUGGAAACAUUCGGAUCCCUUCCUGGAGUUUACAGGAACUCCAGGAAGGAGUUCCUGUAAAAUAGUCAAGUGACUAUUUUUCCCCCACCAUUUUCAACUUGUAGGAUGCAAGGUUAUGUAUUUGUCUGGCUUUCGUUCAGUUCUGAGUAUCUGCUUGUUUACCACUUUUUCUAAUUCAUACUUGGAGUCUGGUAGAAGUCGCCAACUCCAGCCGCAGCCACUUUCAGAGUUCAGUUGAGGAGUUUGGAUCUGUGGUUGGAAGCCACUCCACUUUUCCACCACCGCUGCUGCCCCUCUCCACCUUUCCCCCCCCAAGCCCGAGGCUGCACCUCCUCCUCCCGACAGGCGAAACUAGAUAUUCCGGUGCCUGGAUGACGGAGAAAAGUUUUUCCAGGCCUACCCGAUGGCUGGCUCAUUUCACCAUCCUGCCUGGAGCGAGAUGACAAAUGGAGGCGGGCACCCCCACUUCAGCAAUGGAGGCCAGGGUGGGGGAUCCCAAAGCACCACGCGCUACAUGCUGAAGAAGCAGCAGCAGCGCCACAGACGCAGGUCCUCCUCUCCUAUGGGCAGGGUCAUUCUCAUCAAUGCACCUGUAGAUGGAGGAGACGACAGUGAAGAUAUUCAUACAGUGACAGUCAACAAGAGCCCAGACGGGCGUCUUGGCUUUAGUGUCCGUGGGGGAUCCGAACAUGGCCUCGGUAUAUUUGUUAGUAAGGUGGAGGAUGACAGCACAGCAGCACAGGCUGGGCUCGCCGUGGGGGAUAAGCUGGUGGAGGUGAAUGGAGUCAGCCUGGAGAGCAUCACCAUGAGCAGCGCUGUGAAGGUCCUGACAGGAAACAACAGGCUGAGGAUGGUGGUGAGGCGUGUAGGAAAGAUCCCCGGCAUCCGCUACUCCAAGGAGAAGACCACAUGGGUGGAUCUGAUCCACAGAAGGAUGGUGGUGGAGGAGAACGGUCGCACGCCGUCAGAGGCCAGCUCAGACGGCGCUCUCCGCCGGAUCGUCCACCUCUUCACCACAUCAGACGACUACUGUCUGGGCUUCAACAUCAGAGGCGGCAAAGAGUUUGGACUUGGCAUUUAUGUCUCAAAAUUGGACCCAGGUGGGCUUGCAGAACAGCACGGCAUCAAAAUGGGAGAUCAAAUCCUUGCAGCAAAUGGGGUGAGCUUUGAGGACAUCACCCACAGCAAUGCAGUGGAGGUCCUGAAGAGCCACACUCACGUCAUGUUGACCAUCAGGGAAGUUGGGAGAUACCCCGCAUACAAGGAGAUGAUGGCAGAGUAUGGCUGGCUUGAUAAAUUAGCCAACGGCGGCCCCGCACUGUUCUCUCAGGGUUCAGACUCCAACUCCUCUGUGUCCUCGCUGUCCUCCAGCACGCCUGCCAGCUCCCUCAGCGGUCUCUCUCAGGUCCUUUUCCCUCCGGUUUUUCGCUCAGAGAUGGUGGACGUGGCCAUCUGCACAGAGGAUCGCUCCAGACGUCAAAGCGGUGCAGAGCGGACAGCAGACACCGCCAUACAGACUGACCCCCCAGCCUCGGACUUCAUGGACUACUCUCCUCCUAACAGGCUGGACCCUGACCGGCUGGUCGGCACAGAAACCAGUCGGACCGUAGGGGAAACUAUGCUGCUGAAGGACACGGUCAUACGGGGGAAAGGUGAGGGGCCGAGGGACAUGGGUGGGGCCAAAGAGUUGGGACGGGGCCGAGUGAGGACACCGUCUGCAGGGGAGAGGGACGUUGAAAAACAGUCGCCUAAAACAGAAGCCCUGAUGGCCCUGAGCAAACCACGAAAGCCAAUCCGACGUUCCCAGAGUCACAUCACCAUGUCAGAGAAGAAGAAAAAAGGGCAACAGAAGCAGAAAGACUCAGCAGACGGUAAAACAAACCUGCAGCGCUCCAAAACCUUUGUCAACCUUUUCUUCAAGAAAGACCAUAAAGACAAGAGUCGCUCGAGGUCUCCGUCUCAUCAUCCUAAUGAAAAAGAGCGAAGUCGUCCAUUCCAGCUUUUUACUUCCCCGAGGGAAUCCCGCGCCGGCAGCCCGCUGCCCCAUCAUGAGACGCUGCAGCAUGUGGAGGACAUGUCAAAGAGAUUGCUCGGUCCAGACGAGGUUGCCGCUGUGAUGAGACAUUGUCGGCGGUUCUUGUCUGACAAUGUGAUUGAGGAUUUGGUGCGCCCCCUGCUGGCAAUCUUUGAUCGGCCAGAGAAGCUGCUUUUGCUCAGAGAAAUAAGAAUGCUGAUACCCACGACUGAGUUGGGUCGUUUUGACAGCCUGGUGAUGCCGUUUGAGCUGGAAGCGUAUGACAUCCUCAAGAGUCGCUCUAUACGCUCGCCGGCUCUUCGGUCACCUCGCAGUGGAACUCCUCGGCGUCACCUCAUCACCCCAAUCCCAGACUACAGAGGUGGAUUUCACCUCCAGCCAGUUCACGACACACACCAGGAGCGUCAGCUGAUCGAGGACUUUGAGAGACUUCGUGUGGCCAGCCAACAUACAGGUCACCUGCCACCCUCCCGGGCCUUCACCCCUCUGCUGGAUGUGCCCGUCGAUAACUAUGCGUCUUCCGUUGCGCGCUCACGCACCCCGAGCCCCAGUCACAGUUUGCUCCUCUCUGGGUCUCCUCACAACACCCAGCCUGGACGUCAACCUCACCGCUCCCCGAACAGGAGAGAGAACGGGACGCCGAGAUACGACCAGGUGUCCUUGCUGUCUGUGUCAGACCGUGGAGACGCUGCUCCUGAGCGUGGGAGAUCACCUGUGCGGAGCAGCCAUGGUAGAGGGAGGAGGGAGGGGAGUCCUGACAGCAUAUAUAACAGACAGGACGGCUACACUGAGGUCAGUGUGCAGGUUCCCUCACAGCGGAGAGGGAGAACUCCUCUAGCUGAUGUGUUUGAUCCCCAGAGAGAGAGAAGCCCCUCCUCGGGCCGAGGGAGUGGCCCGCAGGUAAACGGACACUUUCAAAAUGGUCAAGAAAGGAGAGGAACUUUACCAGCUGAGGAGUAUGAAAUCACGACACUGACCAUCUCCAAGGCCAAGCAAUCGCUAGGCAUUAGCAUCUCUGGGGGUAUCGAGUCUAAGAUCCAGCCUGUAAUAAAGAUUGAGAAAAUAUUUCCAGGAGGAGCUGCAUCUACAAAUGAGGCUCUGAAGGCAGGGUACGAGCUGAUGUCCGUCGACGGCGAGAGUCUGCAGGGAGUGACUCAUCAGCAUGCUGUGGACGUCAUCCGCCGUGCCUUCAGCAACAAGGCCAAAGACCCGAUGGUUUUCGUGGUCAAGGUCCCGAAGGUUCCCCUGUUCCCCCCGGAGCUGUGAGACCUGCUGAGUAAGACGCUGUACGCCUCGCCAGCAGACUGCUGCCGAAGCAUAAAAGACAGUGAAACCUGCAACUCCUGACAGAAACAAAGUGAAUCUAGAUUGUAGUAAAGUUUGUUAGAAACCCUUUUUUUGCCACAUCGACAUGUGAGACAAAAGUCCAACAUGUGUAACUUUUAUAACAUUUUACUAAAUGCAUUCGCUAUAGAUGUUUUUUUUUUUUUUUUUAUAAAGUAUGGUUCAUGAUGAGAUUAUUUGAUUCAUGCUGAUGCUCUUGGUUGACUGUGCCACUGUUCCAACAGGCCUAUCCGUGACCUCAGCACUGUCUGAUAGUGGACUGCACUUUACUCUCCUCAGCCCAGCAGCCCUCGCAAAAAAAAAAAAAAAAAAAAACGCCAGACGGAGAUUAUCCCGGCUUGUGUUAUGAGAUUUAUAGAUUCAUAUCCAGAUUAAAUUCCUGUAUUAUGUCAAAACUGAGAGUUUGAUUUUAGUGGAUGUCUGGGAUAAUUAAAAUGUUCCACUCUGUAUUUUUAUGCACUUUUUUUUCUGUUUUGGCAGAAAUUUUUGUGCUUUGAAGCAAUCCGCCACUUUAGAGGCUUAAUUACGGCUCACUUUGGUCAAAGCUUAUGCAGGCAUAAUAAGAAUAAGGAAAUCACAUCGCAGAGGGAAGGCAGCACUUGGACGCUGGUGGUAUGGUUUAAAUCAGAGCAAGGGAGCUCAGAUAAGAGCCGGAGGAUGUGCUGUGCAUAGUGCCUUAUUUCUGUAGAAGAGCAGCAGUGGGAGGAGAACGCUGAUAAAGUAUUACUCAUAAGCGGUUCUGAGGUGAAGGCUUUAUGACCGCAGAUGUGGUAGAAAUGCAAGGGUGUAACUCGUGUGUCAAUGUUUUUGAGUUGCUACAAAAGUAGUUUUUAAAACUCCAUUUUCAAUAUUUCUCUGACCUUAAACCAUUUUUUUUAAACAUGUCCUUUACAGAAAUAAAGAAAUAAAGCACCACUAGGGGUACUGUAAGAUAUGUGAUGUUUGAACUACUAACACUGAUGCCUAUUAAGACUGCACAGGAAGUCUGUAAUAUUAGAUCAUAUUUCUCAACAACAUAUAGUUUUGUGCUGACACAAAAUAACAUUUAAGAGGGUUGGAAAAAUCUCAAGCACAACUAUACAGCAGACUUUAAAGCAUAUUUAGGACGCUUUAUGCAUUUUGUUUGUUUUCCAGGUAACAGAAACAAUUACUCCAGUCAUUUUUACGGUGUGACCACUUGCUCUUUAAUUAAAAACACUGUAAUUUGUACAUGUAUUAUACACAUAAAAAUAUACACAAACAGCUACAUACAAUAUGAAUUAAUGACAACACACAGAAAGUAGAAAUACAAAAAAAAUGCUCACAAAAGGAUGAAAAAUGCCACAAAAAUGUAAAAACAACAAAAAAAACCCCAACCAAACAGAAAUGUUACGUUGCUUUGGUCUAGUCACAGUGGCUACAUUGGAAAAUAGAUAUUUUGUCUAAAUAAAAGACAUUGACACUCUGUUAUACUGCUUGGUGUUUUACAUAUUUACACAGAAGAUAGUCAUGUUACUUUGAAGCCGAGAUAUGAGAAAACGUUUAAGUGUGUGAGUCAGAAGCAUCCUGUGCUUGUUUGCUGUGCAGAUGUGCUGAUUAACAGUCUACGUCUAGUUACAGUGAAUGUGGCAGAACUGAGCUACUUCCCAUAGGAAUGUAUACGCAGUGCUUAAUGCUCUAGACUAUUUCAUGAUCCCCCAUGAAAGUGGCGAUAACGUGCAACGUACUGAAAUAUGACUGUAAAAUAAAACUUUCUAGGCUUGCAAUCGCAAGUCCAUUUCUCAAAAUAACAACAAUCUAAUUUGUCUUCUAAGCAAAUGGCAUGACAAAACGCAAAAGGGAGGUCAUGACUAGUAUGACUGGAAAUCAACUUAAGGACAGCUCAGAGUAGUGAGGAUAAAAAGGCAAAGAUGAGCAGAAACGCAUAAAAAGAAAACUCCCCUCGGUUUCAUGCCCUGCUUUUCAGCAAGCUCGCUCAUCAGAAUGCAAGAUUUUUCAACACAGAUUAUAUAAUGUAAACAUUAACUUGUCAUGCAUUACAGUAUUAGGUGCACGCGUUCUCUCUGCAGAUACUUCCGUUUGCAACUCAUCCAUCAACUGAAACAUUGGCAUAUGGUCGACAUCAAUCCACACCAGUAUUACAGCAAAAUAUAUCCAGGUGCUACAUAUAUAUAAAAAAUAUACAACUUUUCCUCCAUUAUACAAGAUUCCCAUGUAUCAAUACUAUAUUAUUCCUUAAUAUAGACUCUUUGCAAAAUAAAAGUUCUCAGCAGCCCUAUAUCUCUAUGCUCAGUGUCACACACAGCCCUGUAUUUACUGUGAGAAUGUUUCCACGCUCCAUGAAAAAGCCUGCUGGCUUUGAACGCAGCAGGAACAAACUCUCACCUCACCUGAGCCGGCUUCUUCUGAAAGGGCCUGCAAACAAAGACCUGCAAACAUGCCGCUUCCAUCUCCUUUAGCAUUCAGUGAAAAUAAUCAAGCUAAAUAUCAGGAACACAAAUGACUUAAACAUUUUUUUUUUUUUGGCUUCGCUAGUACUGAUAUCUAGGAAACUAAAAAAGCGCUGAAGUUUACAUACACUCAUCAUGAGCAUGAAAGUUUUAUUGUGUCACUGAUUCAUUGAAAACAUUAUUUUGGUGUGGUGGGAUGAUUUUUAUGAUCAUUGCUCCUAUAAAUCUUACAAAAACAAGAUGUAUUUUUGUAAGAUAAGUUUAAAUGUUACUCUGGUUGAUCCAUUCCAAAAUCAGUUCUGAUUUAAGUUCAGGAUCAAUGUCUUGUUGAAGCACAAACAUUGGAAAUUCAAUUCACGCCUUUUGUGAUUGUGGUCAAACAGCUCAGCCUUUGUCCCAUUUUAUCACAAAACGUCCCUCGAGGUGAGCAAAUAAUGUAAUGUUUUCAAAAUGUAAAAAAGCCAAAAGAUAAUAUUUUGUCAACAAUGUUGAUAUUUCAUUUCUUGAGAUUUAGUGCAUUCCAAUAAGAGAGCUAAAUGCAUUUCACAGUAAUUGAUUUAAUAUUCCUUCAUACGUUAAUAUAUAUAUCUAUAUAAAUAAUAUUCUACAUAAAGAUUUUUCAAUAGAUAAUCCUCAAGUAGAAUCUCAUGACCUUAAUUAGGUAAGAGUGCUGCAUGUUGUGCAUACUUGAAAAAUGAAUGUGACUAUUAUGCCAAGUAAUACACUUAUCUGAUGAGUAAAAAAGAAAUAUAGCCCUAUUAUGCACAUAUUAUGCAUAUUAUUAAUGUAUUUUUAAAAUAAUUUCCUAAAAUGUUAGAACAAUAACAUGUUAUUCACCAGCUGUUACAUUAAUGGCUUGAUUACAUUUAGAAGUGAAAAAAAUCUGUUGUGUUAUUGGCAGCUGUUAAAUUAUCAAUCACUAUUAUUGGUCACUACAUUCCCCGAAAACACAACAAAACUGGUUUAGGGAUAAUAAAAAGUAGGGAAACAAUAAAGCACACAAUUCUACUGAACAACUCUACUGAAAGUGUAUGCACUAGGCUUUAAAAGCUGAUAUGUGAGGACACAAUUCAAAUUAAAUAAAUUAUAAUUAUAUUGAUCAUAUCUCCAACCAGAAUUAUGUCAAAAGCUUGUUGGUCAUUACAAAAAAAAACAGGAGUGAAGCGGAGCUCGCCAAGGGACAUUUAUCUAAAUAUUAGUAGGGAAGUAUAUACAUAUUUGAAUGUUUAUGUAUAACUUUGAAGCUGUGCAGAUUAAAGAAAACAUUAAUUUAAUUCAAAUUUGCAGAACCAAUUAUUAUAUUUUUUUCCUAAUGCAUUGUUUUUGGUGAAACUAUUUAAUCUUGAAAAAGAUAACGGUUCAAACGAAUAAUCAUUAAAAGAACUAAGUUAGCGUGACAUUCACACCGAUAAUGAGUGUGUGUAAACUCUUGACCUGCACUGUGGGAGUCACAGAGACAAGAAAGAAAUCCAAAACAGAAACUACAGGCAUGUAGUAAAUCUUCGAUGCCGCACAAGAUUGCAAUCCUGCACUUUUGAUACUGGCUUGGAUUUGGUUUCACCCUGGUGCUAAUGGCUGAGAUAGAUAAAAAUAGCUAACAAUGAAGCAGAAAGUUGGAACUGGGAGAAAAACAAAGAAAAAAAGAGAAAUCUUUACAAACCCCGCUGAUAUCUGCCAUACUUCACCUCUUCCCUCAAGCUAAAUACGGGCUCGCUACAUCGUCUGAACAGGUUUUAUGAGGCACAGUAUGACUAAAAAACAUGAGUUCAAAGUGAAAAGCUAGCUUUUACUGGAUCCUGGAGUCUUGGUGGGAAGCAACAGAGUGAGAUGUCCACAAGUAAAUAAACUACGAGAUCAAACAUCAAAGUCAAGCUUAGUUGGUAUCACUUUUCAGCAUAAUCCCAGACAAAAAGAGAACUGGAAAUCUUGGGUAAAAAUCAUGCCAUCGUUUCUCUCGGUGAGCUGAGCAGAGCAGAGCAGAGAUGAGUUAUUAUGUUGCUUCUCUCUGAAAACUCAGGUCACCACACAUGUGCUAUAAUAACACAAACUGCAGCCAAAAUGCCUAAAUUACAACAACAUGUCUUCUAACUUAUUUACAGGUUGGUGGUAAAUGAGGAAUCCAAACUGUCAAUGCUGUGAAGAUUUUUUUUUUUUUUUUUUUUGGGGGGCGCCGUCGUUUAGAUUGGUCACUGCUUACUGAGCUGCUGUGUUGACGCCUGAAUAUACUGUACAUGCUGGUGGCCAGGUGUUUUAUAUUGCAAGCAGCCAAGAAGAUUAAGUGCAUGAUCAUGAGAUUUUUAUGUAGGGAAUAUUUAUAUAUAUAUAUAUUUAAGUUUUUUUUGCUUUAGGUUCCUGUUUAAUUUAAAUACCCUGAUUUGAAGAUAUUCUGAGAAUGACACGCUCCUCAAUGCUUUUGGUCUCAGAAAGAAUGCAGUCUUUGUGCUGG